AUGCCGCUCGACACGAAUAUGCAGACACAUACAUCGAGCACCGACACAAGCGAAGAAAAUGAAAGUGAUAUGGAUGAGGAUGUGAACAAAUUAAAUGAGUACAUUGAAAAACUAGACUUGUUAAAUAAUAGUUGUGAAUUGCAAAUAAAAAUGAAUCAACAAAAAGAGAAAGAAAAUUUCGUUAAUAAUAUUGAUGAUAUAAAUAUAUAUAUUAGAAAACAUAUCUCCUUUAAAAAAAAAUUAGACGAUAUAAAUAAGUCUUUUAAGAAAAACUGUAAUUAUGAAGCUUUUUCAAGAAUAGAAAAAGUAUAUAAAACCAUAUCACAUAUAAAUUCAUCUUACGAAUAUAUUACAUUAAAAAUAAAACUAGAUGAAUAUAUUGAGCACAUAGAAAACAACAUAAAAACGAAUUAUCUUAACACCAUUUCGUAUUUGAACCACUUUUUAGAGAUAAGAAAAAAUAUAUAUAGAUAUAACUCCUCUAGCUUUCUUUAUUCAAAGGAUGAGAAUUAUAGUAAUAGUAAUAGUAAUAGUAAAAGUAAUAGUAACAGUAACAGUAACAGUAAAAGUAAAAGUAAAAGUAAUCGCAAUAGUAAUCGCAAUGGUAAUUGUAAUAAUGAGUAUUGGAAAUUUCGAAGUCCUGAGGAAAGAAUUAUUGAAAACGACAUUGUUGAUUUUGUUAAUUAUAAAAGGGCACUUAUAUUUCACAAUUUUCUGAGCAAAAAAAGUGAUGAACAUUCUCAGGCAUAUAUACAAAUUUAUAACAUGGACAGGGAGAAAAUUAACCUAUUAACCAGAUACUACUGCAACGUGAAGAGUCUCAUCGAGGGAGAAAUUAACGAGUGCAUCAAGAAGAAAGACAUAAAAAGUAUUAAGACAAAAAUUAACACAUACCUUAGUCUUUUCCAGCAUAAGGAAAGCAGUUGGUCUGAUUUAAGAAAUAACAAUAGCAAUGUGAGCAGUGUGAAUAAGCCCAAUGAUAAGAAAAGUGAGGGGAGGGAAGUAAGUUGGAUCGGUAAGAGAGAGGAUGGUACGGAACAGCAUAACCAUAUUAGCAAUAAGGGUUACUCAGAUAACACAAACAGCCAUGCACGCAUAGAAAAAAAGGAACGCGAAAAUGACGACAUAGAAAAAAGGUACGAACGAUACAGUGGUAAUAGUAAUAGGAACAGGUAUAACGAAAGUUAUGAUGACAGCUUUUCUUCGAGCAAGUCCGAGAGCGAACACAGCGGAAUGUCGAUCAGGCAUAAGGAGAAAAAAAAUGCCAAUGAAUAUGCGGAAAAAAGAAGAAGAAGAAGAAGAAGAAGAGGGAAAAAAGGACAAAUGGAAGAAAUGAAAGAAGGGGAAGAAGUGGAAGAGGAGGAACAGGAACAGGAGCAGACGCAGCGGCAAGUAGAAGGAAGGGAGGCGGAGGAACCAAUGACAUGCAACGUGGAUGAGUGCAUGCUGUAUUUUGAGGAGUACCUGUAUAUAUGUUACAUAACAAUCACAGUAGUCGAAAUGGAAGUGGAAAACGUUUUGGAUUUAUUAAAUAAGAAAGUCAUGAGUAAGGAAGAUAACAUGUACAUCGAGUGCAUAAAGAGUACAUACAAGUGUUUAUUCAAAUACAACGUCUUUUUUGAAAAGUUAGUUCAUGAUAAUGUUAUAUAUAUAAUAUAUAAUAGAAAAAUAGAACUGCUAUUCAAUAAGGUAAUAAAUGUAAUGUUUAAUCGGUUUUUUACUCAAGUAAAAUUAUCAAUACAAAAUUUUGAUGAGUUAAAGAAUUAUGAUAAAAAUAUUGAAAUAUUGUCGUUGUUAUGUUAUAAUUUUCUUAGUAUAAAAAAGUAUUUACACCAUUUAUCAUUUGAUAAAUUUCAAAAAAUAAAUUCUCUGUAUGAUAUUAAAAAUUAUAUAAAUACGAAUAUAUUUUCACAAGAAACGGGGUUGUAUAAAAACUUGCCAUAUAUAAACUUGAUACAAGACACUAUUUGUUCGUACAUAGAUCAUGAAGUUUUGUUUUCUAAACAUUGUAUAGAUAAGGCAUAUAUAUUAACAGAUGAUAUUAUGUUAUCACUAAUAGAUGAAAAAAACAAAAAAGAGAUAACACUAGAAGACCAUUUUAAUUUUGAUGAUAUAAUAAAUAAUAAUAAUGAAUUUACUUCUACCUUUCUAGAGGAUGCAUUUUAUAUUUUUCAAAAAUCGAUGUGUAGGAGUAUUAAUAUGAAUGAAAUUAAUACAAUAUGUGUUUUAAUAAAUAAUAUUAUGAUUGUAUUGUCAACUACUCUUAAGAAUUACUUAAAGGAGAACAUAAAAACCAGUAAAAAUAUUUAUUCAUCUUAUAUUCAUGAUAUAAAUAAUCUGAAAAAUUUUUCAUUUUCCAGUUUGUUGAAAAGUAUUGAUAGCAAUAAUUAUUUAGAAGACAAUCACAGUUACAAAACCUUGAUUAUAGCUCAAAACUUCGUCAGCUCGCUGACUUACAUCAGCGGCGAUCAUCCAAGCGGCAUUGGUAGUGGCAAUAAUAAUAGCGGUAUAAAUAAUAGCGGCAUAAAUAAUAGCGGCAUAAAUAAUAGCGGCAUAAAUAGCGGUAGUAAUAACAAUUCCUUGGGAAACUUGAGCAGAGCCAACUCUUCCAAGGGCGCGAUAAACCUCCAUAAUGCUAAUAAUAGUGCCAACAUUAACAACAUGGGUAGUAAGAACACUACAAGCAAUAACGCUAGCAGUACUAACCAUAAAAGUAUGAACAAUAGAAGCAAUGAUAACAGUAGUGGUAAUAAUGGCGGUGGUAGUAGCGGUUUUUCCGCAGGGGUAGAAAAGGCAAAGGACGUUUACGACUACGUAACACGUGAGCACCUUCAGAACUUGUUUAACCCCUUAUCGGAUAAAAAAAAUAUGGAAGGUCAAAUAAUCAACUCCAAAUUUAGUUAUCCGCAUUGCAUAAAUAAUUUGGAUGCAUGCUAUCAAUAUAUUCAAAAAUACAAAAUGUUUAUCAGUAAUUAUUUUAUGGAAAAAUUUAUUGAAAAUAAUAAUGAAAACAAAAAAGAAGUGCAGAAUUAUUUACUUAUGUUUAACAAUGCUUUGGCAAAUUAUGAUAAUCUCUUAAAGGAUUAUGAAAAGAUAAAUAUGGAAAAUUGUAAAACGUUAUUAAAUAUUUUAAAAAUACAUUUCAUAAGUCAACUAGUGAUAAUUGAAAACAUCAAUUUUGAUAUAACACAUGAACAAUAUUCUUAUUAUCAGUUGAAUGACCCAUAUAUACAGAAUUUAAUUAAUAGAAUAAAAUUAAUCUUGUAUCACAUAUCGUUGUAUUACAAUCAGAGCAUUUUCCACAUUUCUAUUAACUUGCUGGCAGAGAAGAUAUGCAAGUACAUUGAACGGAUCAUUCGAACGAAGAAAUUCAGUAUAUACGGAUGCGUGCAGAUAGACAACGAUAUAAGAAAUUUAAUGCUAUUUUUUACAUCCCUAACAAACAUUAAUAUUAAAAAGGAAUUUUCCAAACUUUUUGAAAUAUGCGAGUUGUUGAACGUCAGUGACAUACAAGACUUUAAGGAUUUUUAUGAUGAAAAUAAAAAUAACUUGAAUACAAGUGAAAUUGAAGGUAUCAUAUCGCUCAGAAAUGACGUAUCUGAAGAGCUGUUAAAAUCGAUUAAAUUGUACAUGAAUUUGAAAAUGAAAUAG